AUGAACGCAGUUUCAAGCUCUCCGAUGUGGGAUUCAUCGCCAACAAUUGCCAAGAGUGCUGUCCGCCAUGGCAAGGAAAGCUUGACUAAGCCAAGUGUGAGGGCGGAUCCAACGUCAGUGAAAAAGGCCGCUAACUGGUUCGAAUUUCAGGUGCAUGGCUGUUUGAUGUGGGGCCCCCCGGGGGGCAAUGGAUACCCAGCCGGAGAGUUUACUAGGGGCCCUGUACGGGGGAGGAUUCGCAUGGAAAUAGAAAUGAACAAGCACUGUUCACAUUGUAUGGAAUAUGAUGUCAUUGGUAAGGCUGGCGACAAGAUUGGGGCAAUGAUUACUUUUUUGGAGAAUCAAAAGGCGUUAAAUCGCAUCGCCUCCCACGGUGUGGCGCUUAACGACUUGCAUGAGGCGCCCGGGGGCACGCACGCUAGCUCUGUUGUCCAACUGAUCGGCUGCAGAUCUUGUUGGUGA